AUGACCGGAUUUACCGCCUUUCUGCUGGAACAGGGCAUCGAAGCCCAGUUGCCCAUCAGCUUGAACGAGACGCUGGGCCUGCUUGAAGAAACGGUGCCCACGUUCUCGCACGACGGGCACGGCUACGUGCUGGCGGCGGUGAGCCGGGGCCAGUUGGGCGCACGCUGGGAGCUGGCGGUCAAGGUGACCGACCCGGCCACCAGCCAGGCGAUCAGCGACCAGCCCGUGGGGUUCGUGCACGCCAUCAACGCGGGCCCCGAUGCCACCGAUUUCAUCAUCCCGCCGCGCACGCCCGAUGGCGGCAUUGACCUCGACCACUUCGAUGCGGAGGGGGCGUUCUUCGGCGCGUUCAUCUUCCAGAUGAUCAACGCGCUCACCGAGCGAAAUCUCAUGGAACUGCCCGGCUCCAUGCCCCGUUUUUCAUGA